AUAACGACCUAACAAAUUCUGAAGUGCGACGACAUUUAGGCAUUUAUGUCAGUUAGUGUUGUGUAGUUCCUUCGACUAAUCCACGAUGCCGCCGAAAAAAAAGGGCAAAAAGGGCAAGAAAAAAAAGAAAGCGCCAAAAAUCGAUCCAAAUGCAUUGACCGAGGUGGAUAAAACCUUCUACGAACUAACCAUCACCGACUUAAAUCGUAAAUUAGCGCGUCUGAGAAGUCUGACAACAGAACUUGAAGAGAAAAACGAGCAGUUACAAAAUGACUUGACAAAGCUUGAUGAGGAUCGGAACGAUAUAAUCAUUUAUCUCAAACGGAUACUUCAGGAAAAAAAUGACGAGAUAGCGGAACUACAAGAUCGGCUAAAAGCGCUGGAGGAAACACGACAAGAUGAAACAGAAACUUACGAAGCUAAAAUUCAAGAUCUAGAAAAUGAGUAUAAACAAAUGCAUGAACAACUUACUAGCGAGAUUAAGUUGCUAGAAGGUAAGCUGAACUCUCUCGAGGAGUUCAGAAUACAACGUGAUGAACUCAUGAAGAAGUUCGAAGAACAAGAAAUAGCUAUGGAAGAACAGGAAAAGAGACACAAGAACGAAGUAUAUGAAAUCGAGCGAAAAUUCAUCAUCGCGAAAGACAAACUCAAGAAAGAUAUGGAAGCCAGAUUACUUCAGCUGUCUUCGGAGUUUCAAGAGGCAACCGAACUUCGAAUAGCAGCAACGACUCAUAGAGUAAUUAGAGAAAACAUUGCAAUUAAUAACGAAUUAGACUCUAUGCUCAUGUCUCAUGACAAAUUAUACACCGAAAAUGCCGAAAUAAAGGUCAGGGACAAAACGUUGAGACAAGAAGCGCAAUUACAUGAAGAAGAGAAGAAAAAGGCCCUAGCAAAAGUCAGAACACAAUUGAAGAUAAUUGAAAGAUUAACAACAGAACACGAAAACAUGACGCAAAAACUAGCUAACUAUCAAACAAUUGAGAAAGAAAUGCAUGACAUUUGCAACGAACUUCAAAAAACCAAACAAACUAUUCUUUGUUUAAAUCAUCAAAUUAGAGUCCUAGAACAAAAUGUGCACGGUCUUAAAUGCAAAGAAUUGUCCAUGCAAACAGAAAUAGGUAACCUUGAAGAAGAAAACGACCGAUUGACAACGCUUUUGGCACAAGCCGUUUAUGCCAUCAAAGAAGUUCUGGAAGUACAAACUGUUUUUUCAGAUGAAGCUCUUCGAACUUCAAAACGAGAGAGUCUUUUGACACAACUUUUUAAUUUGUUGACUGAAUCUGAAAAGAAGAAAGCUCGAAGACCCUCUAUGGACACAAUCGGGUCAUUGUCUGCAACUUAUCAAAGAGGUGACUUAGGUUUUGUUCCGAAACCUGCAACUAGUCGUUCUGUUAUCCCAACAAUCAGACAUAUCCAAGCACAAACUGGAGCCAGUUUCGAAGAAUUCUUAGCCAUUGGUAAGGAAGAAGAUUUAAUACAGAAAGCAUCAACCUCCUUCAUAAGUUUGGAAGAAGAGGAAGAAGGUGAGAUGGAGUCUGUUGAGGAAGAAUCAGAUGUUUACUUUGACGAAGAAGAAGACAGUAUGGAAGAAUCUUACUUAGACUUUGAUAUGGAAUCUUUCGAUGAAGAUGCAGAAGGUGCACCCAAAAAAUCUGUUCGUUCUACACGUAGCAACCAAAGACUGGAGGGAGAAGGUGAAGAUGGUUCUACCAGAAGGAAAAGCAGUAGUAAGAGAACCGAAUCACGUAGAGGAAUUAAAGUUGAAGCAGAUGAGAGUAAAACGAGUGUAAGUAGAAUGGUUAGCAUUUCCAAAGAAUCAACAUCUGGGAGGGAAGGUAGUAAAACAGCAGUCCCUAAAGCUAGCCUAUCUGGAGAUACAAAGAGAAAAUCACAAGUUAGAAUUGCCGAAGAAGCUACUACGGUAGAAACUUCCCGACUGACAGAAGAUAGUAAUAAACAAACAGAUCAGGUUGCUACUCCAAGCGAAGGUGAAGAUACUACAGCAGAAACUUCCCCGUUACCAGAAGAUAGUGUUAAAAGGCCAAGUCAAAAAUCUAUUUUGAGCAAAAGUAAAAGUAAAGAUCUUGCUACAGAAACUACAUCACCGUGAGAGGAAACGCAUGAAUGCCAGAAAACUGCAGCAACUAAACAUGAUCAUAAAUAAAGCACAUCUGUAUUGUAUUUGACAGUAGUACACCGCUGUUUUGUCCUGA